UUAAAUCCAAGCUAAAGUCUUCAAACCAAAUAGAUGCUGAAUCAAAUCACCAGUUUCCUUUCCAUGUCUGAUUCAACUUUCCUAGUAAAAUGGAGAAGAAAAUGUGCCAAACACCUCCUCUCAGUUCCCAACUUUGUGGUGUUUUCAUAUCUUGAUUUUCUUGAUUCUGUUUUCUGUGUCAUAUACAAACAUCUUGACUUGUUAUUUGAAGGGAAGGCCUCUCCAUGUUACUGCACAACCAAAAAGAUUGAUAUCAAUGGCCAAUUGUCUGAUGAUAAUGAGAUAUCAGAGACUUUGCAAUACGGGAAAAGAAAGAAAUUGAAGGAAUUGGUUGUUUUACUUCGAUUUGUGGAAGAUUUGUUGAACAAAAGCAAAGGCUUUGAAGCUAUAAAUAGUUCGAAGAAUCGCAAAAAUGGUGAUUUUUAUAGGGUUGGAAAUAGGUGGUCUGAUUGUGGGUGUGAUUCUUGCAUCUCUUGGAUGAAGACGGAUGAUCCCAAGCUUCAUGUUGAGGUGAACAAGGCUUCUUCACAAGCCAUUGGAAAUCCAAAUCGAACUGAAAACGUGAUAUUCAUACAUGGGAUACUAAGUUCUUCAUCGUUUUGGACAAAAACACUUUUUCCAAAGCUGUCAGAAUCAAAGAAGAUAAAAGAGUACCAGAUGUAUGCAGUAGAUAUUUUGGGACAUGGAAAAAGUCCAAAGCCAAGAGACAGUUUAUACACAUUAAAAGAGCACGUGGAAUGGAUUGAGAAAUCAUUAGUCUCUGAAUAUAAGUUAAGUUCAUUUCAUGUGGUUGCUCACUCGAUGGGCUGUAUUAUUGGAUUAGCCUUAGCUGCAAAGCACUCCACUUCCCUCAAAUCUAUCACCCUUGUUGCCCCUGUAAGUAUAUAUAUAUUGUUUCAAAUUUUUUUUAAAUUUAUCAAUGCCUUUUUUUUAAUAUUAAAAUUGAAUGGUUUCAGCCAUACUUUCCAUCAAAGGAAGGAGUAG